CCAUUCUGAGUAACUCCUCCCUUCUUCCCCUGUCGCGGUUGGUGUCGUCAUCAUUACGCGUCCUCAGAGGGCCUCAGAACUCCACGAUGGAGGUGCAGAAGGUCUGUGGGAAGCGGACCUGCAGCGAAAGAGGGCAGGGCAAAAAGCGGCAAAAAGCUCCUAUUGGCUCGAAUGGUAAAUAACAGGAAAAGUGCCGUCAUGAAGAAAAAGAGAAAAUUGAAGGCGCUUGCAUCGGAAAAGGAGCAACCGACAAAUGAACCCGAUUUGAAAAAACAGAAAGCCGAGGGAGAAGAGGAUGAGGCAGAGGAAAAGAACCAGGAGCUUACUCCUGAGGAGAAGAGGACAUUGGAAAGGAAGCUGAAGAAAGAGCGCAAGAAGGAGCAAAAGAAAUUAAUGCGAGAGGCAGGAAUCGUUGCUAAGAAAGAAGAAAUUAAAAAACCGUCGGGCUCAGAACUGGCGCUGGAGUAUUUGACAAGCUGGUCUGAAAACCCCAAAGCCUGGAAGUUUCAGAAGACAAGGCAAACGUGGCUACUUUUGCACAUGUACAAUAAAGAUAAGGUGCCUGACAAAUAUUUUUCCGUUUUGCUGCGGUACCUGGAGGGGCUCCAGGGCAGUGCACGGAGUGUAACUGUGCAGAAAGCAGAAGCUCUCAUGAAGGAAUACGAUGUUUCCGAAACCGAGGAUUCCAGCUUUGCAGAGAAACAGGAGCGCAUCCGAAAUGUUCUCCAGUUGUUAUCAUGAAAAUGUGGCAUCCCUACAAUCCUUUCUGGGUCUAUUGUUUUUCCCUGCAUCUCACGAGAGCAGAGCCAAAUAGAAUUCUUAGCUUGUAAGUGGUUCUACAAAAUGGAACUGUCAGAAGCAGUAUUAGUUAAUGUUUCAAAAGUAGGGAAAUAAUUUGAGCAAAAUAUAAUGGGUUGGUCAGUGUUAACAGCACCCUGUGGACUCCCAACAAGUAUCCAACUGCUCUUCUUUUUGGAACUGUUAUUUUAACACUGCCCGUGUAAUUAUUAUUAAGAAUUUUGCAUCUGUUCAUGAGGAGGCCUCUUUUUUUUGCAUUCAAGGAUGCUUUUAAACCACACUGUGAUUCAAUCUGUCUUCAUUGCACAUGUCUCCUUCAAUCCGUUCACCACUGGUUUCAUCACUCCUUUUAUAUUGUCUGUUUGCCUUGAAGAUCUACAGGCUAUGGGUUUGUGCUGGCCUGCCUUUGUUUUCUGGAAAGUGCCGUUUUAUUAUAAUUAGCUUUGUCAUGCAAAUAUGAAUGGGCAAAAUCAGGGACUCUUCCACCUAAUACGAUCAAUAAAAGGAAGUUCUGCUUAUGCUUUGGUGGAUCCUAAGAGUUCUAUCGACCUCAUGCUUAUUUUCCUGUUAAGUAAAUCUUAUUUUCUGUAGCUUUGUCGGAAAGAACAUUUCUCUCGUUGAGGAAUUGAAUCUCUGCAGGAUUUGGGGGCAGAAAAUGAGAGUGCUAAUUACUCCAAAGUUGGGGGUGCUAAUUUGAAUGGUUGUCUUCGACCAUCUCUAAUUACCAGAUUCUCCGAACAUUUUAUUGUUGUUUAAAUUGUAGCCUUCUGGGGUUUCGGCAACCAUCACUGGACUGUCUUGCUUUAGGAGCCUUGGAAAAAGCAUGGAAGAUAUUAGUAAUUCUGAAAGUUGCUAACAUAUUGCAUUCCCUUUAAGACAACUUGGUUAGGGAGCCAAAUGCUUAAGUGAUCCAGUAUGUGCUUUGCUAACAUAGUAACGCCAAUGGAAUUUAAUAUGCUGGCAAAAGCCAAUGUACAAAAUAAGCAAAGCUGAGCAUGUGAAAUCCCUCUGAGACACCUUCUGAACUACCUGAGUCUUUCCGUCCCCCAUGUCUUAUAUCACCUACACCUCAGUAUUUCAGUUGCUUAAACAAACACCUUCAGGCAACGCUGAAAAAGUUGUGUGGUGUCUACAUCACCCAAAUGUUGGCUUACUUUCUCUUAAGCCUACAUUGCACUUGGUUCUUAGGGGAUUGAUUCCAAAGAGCAAAAACAUUCCAACCUACGCAUUUUCCACUAGAAUAGUAAGUUGUGGGUUGGAUCCAGUGGAUCUGCUCCACUAACAGCAAUGCUAUCUUCUGAGACAAGAAGCCUUCCACUCUAGAGGAAAGCAGAACGGAUCUACAGUAUCCAGCCCCCAUCCAUGACAGGCACAGAAGGAUCCUAUGGGGUGACUCAACUGACCAUGGUGCACCACCACUCGAGGGUGGCUUUAGCUGCUCCCGGGCAAAAGUUGGCUUGCCAUCCUAGGACUGUACCGUCAUGUACUCUGAAAUCUGAUGGGUCAGUCUCUUCAAUAAAACAGUUUUGAAGCUACACUUCAGUAUUGAAACCCUCAAAUCAGUCGUGAGGGGAGAUGUGGGGAAUCUUGCAGUCUCCUGCUUUGCUUGUUUAUGCAGCUACAUCUUUGUAGAGUCUCUGGGCACAUUUGAAUUUUGAAAACAGGCAGUGAGCACCACCACAAUAUAGCUGCCAUCGAUGUGGCGCAGCUGAUCACAAAAUGUCUGCCAUGCAGCCAGUCACAGAAUGAUGGGAGGUUCCACGUUAAGUUCCUCUUGUGAUGGAGUAGCUGUUUCCAAAUGGGUCCUCCCUGCAGACUCCCAUCUGGGGUCUUCUGAAGUCCUUCUUUGUCCAAUGAGAGCCUGGAUUGGCUUUUUGAUUUAGGUGGAAGAAGGGGAUGGCCUCCAAGAAAUACGUUAACGGGCACCAUGGCACCCUUGAGCACCACGCUGGAGAUCAAUCAUCUUAAUCUUUCUGAUGCUUUUCUGAAUGUCUGGCCUUGCAGAUGCAACUAAACGGAUGUGUGUCUUUCAAACCAGCCCAUCGCAUUAGUAAAUCUCACUCCAAGGCGAAGAGUAACAGUUUGCACAGGCUGACACAUUAAAUCUUUGUUUGCCAGUCUAAUUGUCUUCCAGCUGAGUUAAUCUGCAUUGUGUGUGUCUGUCUGGGACAAUUCAUAUCCUACGAGAAUGCUGGAGUCAGGGCUUUCUCGCAGAGAACGCAAAGGGGGGGGGAAUUAAUUGCUCAAGAUUGUUCAGAGCGGGAGAGCUGCCUCUGAUGACAGCGCUAAUUGCUUUUUUAAAGUCUGAUGUUCUAGCAAUCUUCCCUUUAAUUGGAGUGGUCUUUACUACACAUUGCAAAUCUUUAGAGUUUUGUGUUGUCUGUCCUCAUUUUUCUUUUUAGAUUUGUAACUGUAAUUUUGUAAGAUUACAGGAGAAAUGAAUUUGUCAUUUCAACUUAGAGGGGAAAGUGUCGGAUUGUGUGUGUGCACUUAAAAAGAGCCCAGUCCAUUGCAGCUUGCUUAAGUGUAAAGAAAGGUGAUGAAGCGUUUUAUCAGCCGCCUUACUGUUUCAUAAGUUUAACAGGCACAUUCUGAAGCAACAACGAAAUAAACCCAAUCUCCUUCUUGUAGAUGCUGUUCUAAGAAACACAGACCUUCUUCAUCCUGUUAACAUCCUCUGAGCCUGAGCUGUCAUUUGAGUUAUAAAGUGGUUUUUUGCAGGAUAGUUAAAAAUGUUGGAAAUAUGCGUUGAAAAUGGGACUCUUUUUUAAAUGUCAUAUUUGUAUUUUUUAAAAUAUUAAAAUGAUGGAUAUCA